GGCCGCGGUGUUUUAGGGGGUGGAAGUUGGGCGCCGGAUGGAUAUCUUUGCUUAAGGCGGACUGUCCACUUAAUCACAUUUCCAAAACUGGCAUGCGGGUAGAGGGAAUGGAGGUGGGUGUCGUGAAUACAAUGGGCACCCCCAUCCGUCAAGGAUAUUUUCAAAUAAAUUCGGUUCGCCAUAAGGUGUCGAUGGGGCAAACUUACAUUUCUUGGGAACCGGAAGGAACUCCAGAUUUGCGUCACCUGGUGCCGCUGAGCGAGGUGGUGGCCGUGAGCCGGCCGCAGCCGGGCCGCGCUGCCUCGGCCGGCUCCGGCGCCGCCGUGUACCGCGUGCCGGUGCGCGAAGACGGCCAGCUCGAGCAGGCCGCCGCCACCUGCGGCCGCUCCUUCGCCGUGCACUACGCGGAACGCGCCGGCCGCCGCUGGAAAGUGCGCGUGCAGCACUUCCACCAGCGCAGCGCCGACACGCUGCGGCAGUGGGUCGACGAGCUGCACACGCUGCUGCAAGGUUUUCGGAGACCCCAAAGCCUCAUGGUGUUCAUUAACCCUGCCUGCGGCCGCCGCCGGGGGCCGGCCAUUUACAAGAAGAAAGUGAAGCCCAUUUUCGCGUUAGCGGGUGUUCAGACGGAGGUGAUCCAGACCACGCACGCCAGCCACGCCUCGUCGCUGCUGCAGCAAUGCUCGCUCAGCGGCUGCGAUGGCGUCGUGGUGGUGGGCGGCGACGGCACCCUGAUGGAGGUGCUGAACGGCCUGCUGAAGCGGCAGCCCGACGACCAGUCGCCCAACGCGCCCGUCCCCAUCGGUGUCAUCCCCGCGGGCAGCACGGACGCCGUGUGCGGCAGCCUACAGGGUAGUCAGGACGCCGUCACCGCCGCCCUGCACAUCGUGAUGGGUAGCACCCGCUGGGUGGACGUGUGCAGCCUGCGCAGCGGCGGCCGUCUCCUGCGCUACUCCCUCUCCAUGAUCACGUACGGCUUCUUCGGCGACCUGCUGAAGGACAGCGAGAAGCUGCUCUGGCUCGGUCCGAUGCGCUACAACGUGGCAGGGGCCGGCCGGUUCUGGCGGAGCCGCGCCUACCGAGGCUCGGUGGCGUUCCGCACGGCCGCUGGCUCGCUCGCGCCGCACAAGCCCUGCUUCGCCGACUGUGAUGUGUGCUGCCGCGAGCCGCCGCCGCCGGGCGAGUGGCAUCGCGUGAGCGGCCCGUUCCUGGUGGUGAGCAGUGCCAACGUCAGCUGCCGCUGCAAGAUCACGCCGGCCGGCAUGUGCCCGCGCGCCCACCUGUCGGACGGCUGGGCGCACCUGAUCCUGGUGCGCAAGACAUCGCGCGCCAACUUCCUGCGCUACAUGUACCGCUCGGCGGCCGGCAAGGACCCGUUCGACCUGCCGUUUGUCGAGUACUACCGCGUCAAGGAGUUCGAGCUGCUGCCGGAGGUGGUCGGCGAUGGCCACCGCCUGCUCUGGGAGACGCACGUCAACUCGGCGCUGUCGGUGGACUCGGCGGCGGCCGGCGACUGGCCGGCGGCCGAUCCGGAGGUGGCCGUGGUGCCGCCGGCUGCCGGCGACGCGCGCGACAGCGUCUGGAACUGCGACGGCGAGGUGGUGGCCCAGCCGCGCAUCAAUCUCAGGGUGCACCCGCGCGCCGUGCGCAUGUUCGGACGCGGCGUGGAGCGCGUGGAGGAGCGCGGCUGCUGCGGCGGCUGCGGCGGCCGCGCCAAGAAGCACAUCUGA